AUGAAAUCCUUCCACCAGGCACCUGGGCCUUUGGCUGAGAUAGCACUCUGGCAGGGGCGUGGUUCUGUCCUCAGUGCUCUGAGUAAGCAACUUAAGCAACCUGUGGUGGAGAAGAUCUUGGAGGUGAUGACCAAAACAAACUCUGGCAUGGUUCCCACCCUUGAAAGGACGGUUGCUAGACUAACUAAAUACCGUUUGGAGUCUGAAGAUAAUAUACGCUUCCUUAAGACACUGGAAAGGCACUUCAUGGGCCACCUGGACGUGAAUCUGGCUACUGGAGAAAGUUUUGCUGCAAUCCUGGACAACAUCCCCCCACUGAUGGAGAGCUUACAGAUUGUUUGGAUAAUUUCUCGCCACUAUAACACAAAUGAGCGCAUGAUCCCACUGAUGGAGCGUAUUGCCUGGCAGCUGUGUCAGCGUGUGGUUCUUGGAAUUGAUAUUCAAAUGCUAUUUAAAGAGAAUAGGGAGGUAGGAAAGUCCAAGGCCCACGGGGCUAAGCAGGUCCUGGAACAGUGGAAACUAUCCUAUAUGGAGAAUCGUGCUGAAAUUGAAAAAUUAAGCAGAGCUCCACGCUGGGAAUUUGAUCAGAAGAGGUUGUUUGAAAGGACUGACUAUAUGGCCUCUGUCUGUCAGGACUUAUGCAAAGUCUUUCAGGUUUUGGAGGACUUUCACAACAUCGCUAUCCCAGAACUAAAAGGUGUCAAAUACAUCGAUGACGUUCUGAGCAGAGUGGACAGUUUAGUUAUGCCCAUUGAAGAGGUCAGUUUCAACCCUUUUAGCAUCUCUAAGAUGAGCAGCUGGAGAAAGAUUAUGCAAGACUUUGAUUCUGCACUUCAGGCAGUUGAGGAAGAGGCCAUCAGUUGCCUUGAUCUGUCUUUUAAGACACUGCCCUCCUCAGCUACUGCCUUUGAUAUGCUGCUGAAAUUCAAAGAAAUCCGCUCCAGAGAGGCCAUCAGCAACCAUUUGAUGACAAAGUUUGAUGACAUCCUAACCCAGUACUGCAAAGAGGUUGACAGCAUAAGUGAAGUCUUUAAAGCAGAAAAGGAUAAUCCCCCACUGAGUAUUGGUGAGCCUCCAGUAGCAGGAGCCAUCCGAUGGGCUGGAGUUAUUUUGCACCACAUCAAACAGACCAUCCUUCCGUUUCUGAAAGUUCCAGAGAUGCUUGAAAGUGAACAAAUCAAAGCGGCCAAAGAUAAGUAUCUAAAAAUUGCAGGGCAGAUUAGGGACUAUCAGAUACAGACGCACAAAGUCUGGUUGAAUAAGACAGACAGCCACUUGACGCUGCUAAUAAAAAGAACCGUGUUGUCUACUAUUCAAAACCAGGAUACGGCUGUUCCACCAAGUGAAGGUCCAAAAAGACCUCCGCGAUACGCUGUUAACUCUGGUGCAGAAAUCAUGGAGGUCAUAUCUGAGACAAAGCGCCUUGCAUGGCUGGACUACCCUGUGCCAGAAAUGGCUCAAAAUGUGGCUCUACAAGAGGACAAAUUCCUAAGAUAUAUUUACGAUCUGAACAAACUAAUCAAUCGCUAUCACUCCGUGACUGCUAACCUGAGUGGGGAACAUCUCUCUAUGCUUGCACCACAAAUAGAACCAGUGAGAAAGCACAUGAUUUUCGGAUGCAAAAGACUCAACUGGAGCGCCUUGGGGAUAGCCGACUUCAUCAGAAAAGGAUUCCAGGCCGUCUCUAAGUUUGAGACUGUGGUCAAUCAGAUUCGCAACAAUGAGAGUGACAUUGAAUCCAGGUUGCAGUCUAUGGUGAUGGCCAAUUUAUUUGUAUAUCAACUUCCAGAUGAAUCACGCGACUUACCAGGUGUCAAGGAGUUUUGUGAACACAUUGAUGGAGAGAGGGUCAAAACCGUGGCCUUGCUGAGAGGUAAGUAUACUGAAAUUGGUUUACUCAUCACCAAGACGGAACAUUUGAUCAUGGAAACCAGCAGUGGCAAAGCCUCGUGUAUGGCAAAUUACUACAUAUACUGGGAGCGGAAGGUUCUAGACUCCCUCGUAAAGAUGCUUAUCAGCAACAUUAAGGCCUUCAACACCGCGCUGAUGGGAAAUACUGCUCUUUUUCAAAUUGAUGCCAUCCUGUCUGCCCCUAAGAUUGUGUUGCAGCCUAAAAAAAAAGAGAUAUGUGGAUUAUUAAUGCAGUGCAUGAAAGACUGUAUUGAGAGCACCGAGCAAUUUCCACGUUGGAUGCGUGGAACCUGCAUUGAGUGCCCACCUCAACACGCAGAAGGCGAAGAUGAGCUGGUGACAUUUACGUUCCUCAGUGAUGUGUGGCAUCAUGCACAGCUGAUUGAGAAUACCACGGCAGUGUCCCAGAACAUCCAGCAGCUGCUACGCUCUGUGGAUGAAUACCUACGCCACUGGUACCGCUAUCAGCCUCUUUGGGAAAAUAACAAAACAUCUGUCAUUGAAAAGUUUGCAGCCAAAAACCCAUCCUUUGUCAUGUACGAUGAGCAGCUACAGAUUUUUUCAAAUGUUAAAGAAGAGGUGAUGCAGGAGCCUCUCUGUGAGACUCGGCACAUCAUCCAUCUAAACCUGGAGCCAUUGGCUAAGACAAUACAGGAGAUGGUUGAGUCCUGGAUCGGUUCACUGGGCAGCUCACUCAUCAAGUUUGCUAAAGACGACCUCUUGAACUUGACAGAGGAGUUCAAGCGGCUAUCUAACAAGCUAGAGCAGAGCCCUGACUCUUUUGAAGAACUUAAAUCUAUUCUUGAUGCCAUCUCAGACAUCAGGGAUAUGUCCUUAGAUGUGGAACUGAGAUUUUCUGACAUCCAAGAAAGAUACAGAACACUUACCAUUUACAAAGUGGAGGUUGGAGAGGAUGAGUUUAAGUCGGUGGCAGAUAUUGCCCAGACAUGGAGUGACCUGUUAAAUGAAUCUAGAAAAGUAGAUCGAAGUCUUACAGAUGUCAAGAAAUCAUUUAGCGUGAUUACGGAGGAAAAAAUCAAAGUGUUUAAGCAAGAUUUGUCCAUCUUUGCUGAAGGCUUCAACUUGCAUGGUCCUGGAGCUGUAGGAGAUGACUUAGAAAAAGGACUGAGCCUUGUGGAAAAAUAUGAGGCAGAGCUUGCUGACGUAUUGGCAGAAGGGCAGGAGCUCAGUAAUUCCCAGAAGCUUUUGGACAUUUCACUCGCCACGUACCCAGAGAUGAUCCAGGUUCAAAAAGACAUGGGGGGCUUGAGACGCAUAUAUGAGGUUUAUAGAGCUCAGAAGGAUGCAAAAGCAAAGUGGUCUCAGACUUUGUGGGUGGAUGUAGAUGUUCCGCUACUACAGGACGGCAUAGCUGGAUUCAUCAAAAGCUUGAGACAACUGCCCAAAGAAGUUCGGACCUUGCCUGUGGCCUUUUUUCUUGAUGCACGCAUGAAAGAGUUUAGAGAAUCGUUGCCUUUGCUGUUGGAUUUAAAGAAUGAGGCCCUUCGAGACAGGCACUGGAAACAGCUGAUGGACAGAACAGGCACUAGCUUUGAGGUUGACCCAGACAGCUUUACUCUGGAGAACAUGUUUGCCAUUGAACUCUACAAAUAUGCAAAUGUCAUUGGUGAAAUUGUCACCUCUGCAGGAGUCAAGGAAGUGAUAGAUACCUGGGAAAAGAUGAAUUUCACUGAGCAGCCGUAUUGCAAAAGCACACAAGAACAAGUUUCUAUUCUGGGAGCCAUGGAUGAAGUUCUACAGAAUGUGGACAAUGAUGUCAUGAACUUACAAAGCAUGGCUGGCAGCCGUUUUGUUGGUCCUUUCCUUGGCACUAUACAGCAAUUGGAAAAAGAUCUGUCUCUAAUUAGUGAAAGUAUAGAGGUAUGGUUGCUGGUGCAAAGAAAAUGGAUGUACCUGGAGAGCAUAUUUUGCGGUGGAGACGUUCGCUCACAAAUGCCAGAGGAAGCGAAGAAGUUUGAUGUUAUUGACAAGAACUUUAAAAAAAUAAUGAAUGACACAGUGAGGGACCCAAACAUUAAGCGGUGCUGCCUGGUUCCUAACCGGCUGUCAGAUCUACAAAACCUGAGUAAUGGUUUGGAGAAGUGCCAAAAGAGUCUUAAUCAUUACCUGGACUCCAAGCGAAAUGCAUUCCCGCGCUUCUUCUUCAUCUCUGAUGAUGAACUGCUCAGCAUUCUCGGGAGUAGCGACCCUGCCUGUGUCCAAGAACACAUGAUCAAGAUGUAUGACAACAUUGCAUCUCUAAGAUUUGAUAUGGAAAGCGGUGGGGAGAUGGCAGUUGGAGCCAUGGUGUCAGCUGAGGGCGAAAUAAUGGAGUUUAGGAAUCCCAUCCCAGUGGAGGGGAGAGCAGAAGAGUGGAUGUUGGAAGUACUUCUGGAGAUGAAACGGACUAACAGACUUAUCACUAAGGAGGCAAUAUUCCGCUAUUGUGAAGACAGGAAUAGGGUGGAAUGGAUGUUUUUGUACCAGGGCAUGGUUGUGCUGGCUUCAAAUCAGGUGUGGUGGACCUGGGAGGUAGAAGAUGUCUUUCAAAGAGUCAAAAAGGGAGAAAAGCAUGCACUGAGAAGCUAUGCUGACAAGAUGCGCCAGCAGAUAGAGGACCUUGUCACACGAAUUACUCAACCUAUGAGUAAAAAUGACAGGCGGAAGAUCAACACUGUGCUUAUCAUUGACGUCCAUAUGAGAGACAUUGUGGACAAGUUACGGAACAACAGUAUAAUGGAUGCACGUGAAUUUGAGUGGGAAAGCCAGCUGAGAUUCUACUGGGUCAAGGAAAAUGAUGACUUAUAUGUACGGCAAUGCAGUGCUCAUUUCAAUUAUGGCUACGAAUACAUGGGGUUGAAUGGUCGAUUGGUUAUCACCCCACUGACAGACCGAAUCUACCUAACACUUACACAGGCCCUCUCCAUGUACUUGGGUGGAGCUCCAGCUGGACCUGCUGGUACUGGAAAGACAGAGUCCACCAAAGAUUUGGCCAAAGCUCUAGGUCUGCUCUGUAUGGUAACAAACUGCGGUGAAGGGAUGGACUGCACGGCUGUGGGGAAGAUUUUCUCUGGACUUGCCCAGUGUGGAGCUUGGGGCUGCUUUGAUGAGUUUAACCGAAUCGAGGCCUCUGUAUUAUCAGUUAUUUCUUCUAAAAUCCAGACUAUACGCAAUGCACUGAUUUUACACCUUAAAAGGUUUCAGUUUGAAGGUCAAGAGAUCGGUCUAGAUGACCGAAUGGGGAUUUUUAUCACAAUGAACCCCGGUUAUGCAGGACGUACGGAGCUGCCAGAAUCAGUCAAAGCCCUCUUCAGGCCAGUGGUUGUCAUUGUACCUGAUCUGCAGCAGAUUUGUGAGAUAAUGCUGUUCUCUGAAGGCUUCCUGUUGGCCAAGGUGCUGGCAAAGAAGAUGACAGUGCUCUAUAAGCUGGCUCGUGAGCAGCUGUCCAAGCAGUCUCAUUACGAUUUUGGACUACGUGCUCUGAAGUCUGUGCUGGUGAUGGCAGGAGAGUUGAAGAGAGGCUCACCAGACCUCAGUGAAGAUGUGGUAUUGAUGCGAGCCCUGAGAGACAUGAAUCUGCCAAAGUUUGUCUUUGAGGAUGUUCCCUUGUUUCUUGGACUGAUCUCAGAUCUGUUCCCUGGACUGGACUGCCCUCGUGUUCAUUAUCCUGACUUCAAUGGUGCUGUGGAGCAGUCCCUAGAAGAAAACAAAUACAUCAUUCUGCCUAUCCAGGUGGAUAAAGUGGUUCAGAUGUAUGAGACGAUGAUGACCAGGCACACUAUUAUGAUUGUGGGCCCAACAGGUGGAGGGAAAUCUGUUGUGAUAAACACAUUAUGUCAAGCUCAGACCAAAUUGGGACUGCAUACCAAGUUAUAUCCCCUCAACCCCAAAGCCAUGAGUGUAAUUGAACUUUAUGGAGUUCUUGACCCUGACACUCGAGACUGGACUGAUGGGAUUUUAUCCAACAUCUUCCGUGAAAUUAACAAGCCUACUGACAAAAAAGAAAGAAGGUACAUCCUGUUUGAUGGAGAUGUGGAUGCGUUGUGGGUUGAGAAUAUGAACUCCGUCAUGGAUGACAACAGGCUUCUCACUCUAGCCAAUGGGGAACGGAUCCGUUUACAGGGUCACUGUGCACUGCUAUUUGAGGUUGGAGAUCUUCAGUAUGCUUCCCCUGCAACUGUUUCAAGAUGUGGGAUGGUUUUUGUUGACCCCAAGAACAUACGAUACACCCCAUUCUGGCAAAGAUGGGUGAACAACAGACCUGAAAAGGAGCAAGAGAAUCUUACCAGACUAUUUGAGAAAUAUGUGCACAGCUCUAUUGACAUGAUUGUAGAUGGCAUUGUUGAUGGCAAGCAGGAUCAGAAACUGGAGACUGUUGUCCCUCAGACAGAUCUGAAUAUGGUCACUCAGUUAUGCUUGACGCUUGAUGCUCUGCUUGAGAAUGAGAACAAUAACGCUGAGGUACUUGAGUGCUACUUCCUGGAAGCAUUGUACUGCUCACUGGGUUCCACGUUGAUGGGGAGUGGUAGGAUCAAGUUUGACGAAUUCAUCAAAAAAAUUUCCUGCUUAACCCCCGUGCAUGAUGAGGCAGCUCUGGCUGGGCCUGGUGAGAUCCCAGUGCCAACUGUUGACACCACAAGAGCCAGUUGGAUUGUGGAACAGAUGGUGAAAAUAAAAAGACCAGUGCUUCUGGUUGGAGAGUCUGGGACUUCGAAAACUGCCACAAUCUAUAACUUCCUGAAGAACGUUAAUGCAGAUUCAAAAAUUCCUCUCACCAUCAACUUCUCAUCCAGAACAACGUCCUUAGAUCUCCAAAGAAAUCUGGAGGCAAAUGUGGAAAAAAGGACGAAAGACACCUAUGGUCCUCCGAUGGGAAAGAGACUUUUGGUCUUUAUUGAUGAUAUGAACAUGCCAAAAGUGGACAGUUAUGGUACACAACAGCCUAUUGCUCUCCUGAAGCUGCUGUUGGACAGAGGAGGUCUGUAUGACAGAGAAAAGGAACUUAACUACAAAAUCCUGAAGGACCUUGGCUUUAUUGCUGCCAUGGGAAAGGCAGGAGGUGGGAGGAAUGAGGUCGAUACACGCUUCACCUCGCUCUUCAGUGUCUUCAGCAUUCCCUUUCCAACAAUGGAAUCUCUCCACCUCAUCUAUUCGUCCAUUAUCAAAGGCCACACCAGACUAUUUGAAGAUGCCAUAAAGAAGGUUUGUGACAAAGUCACGUUCUGUACACUGGAACUCUACAACAACAUUAUCAAAGAUCUGCCAGCCACACCCUCAAAAUUCCACUACAUCUUCAACCUGAGGGACCUGUCAAGAGUCUAUAAUGGAUUGGUUCUCACCCAGCCAGACAGAUUUCUGACUGUCACCCAGUUUGUGCGUAUCUGGAGAAAUGAGUGCCUAAGAAUCUUUCAUGACAGACUAAUCGAUGAAACUGACAAGACAUUGGUUCAAGGCUACAUAAAGAACCUGACUGAAGAGCAUUUCAAGUCCGAAGUGGAGGCAGUGAUGAAAGACCCAAUACUUUUUGGAGACUACAAAACAGUCCUUAAUGAAUCUGAACCAAGAGUCUAUGAAGACAUUCAAGGCUAUGAUGCUUCAAAAGCUCUGUUUCGGGAAAUUCUUGAGGAAUACAAUGAGGCAAAGUCUAAAAUGAACUUAGUACUGUUUGAUGAUGCACUGGAGCAUCUGACCCGCAUCCACCGCAUUGUCCGCAUCGACCGUGGCCAUGCCCUGCUUGUUGGAGUGGGGGGCUCUGGGAAGCAGUCCCUCACCAAACUCGCUGCAUUCUCUGCUGGCUGUGAGGUUAUCUUUGAAAUAACACUGAGCAGAGGCUACAAUGAAUCCAGCCUGCGAGACGAUCUGAAAACACUGUACUCAAAGCUUGGCAUUGAAGAUAAGAAGAUGGUGUUCCUCUUCACUGAUGCUCAUGUUGCUGAGGAAGGCUUCUUGGAGCUCAUUAAUAACAUGCUGACAUCAGGCAUAGUUCCUGCACUGUUCCCCGAUGAAGAAAAGGAAUCCAUUCUCAACAAGCUGCGUGAUGAGGCACUUAAAAUGGGAGCAGGUCCUUCAAAAGAGAGCGUGUGGCAGUACUUUGUUAACAAGAGUGCAAACAAUUUACACAUUGUUUUAGGCAUGUCUCCUGUGGGAGACACCCUGAGAACACGCUGCAGGAACUUUCCAGGAUUGUUGAACAACACGGUGAUAGACUGGUUUUUGCCAUGGCCACCACAGGCAUUACAUGCAGUCGCUGAUUCCUUCCUUGGUGAAAGUCCAAUGAUUCCUGAGGCACACUCUGUAGCAGUUAUAAAUCAUGUAUGCAUGGUUCAUACCUCUGUGGGUGACUACAGCAAGAUUUUCCUUCAAAAACUCAGACGAUGUAACUUUGUUACUCCAAAGAACUACUUGGACUUUAUUAACAGCUAUUCUAACCUAUUAGAGGAAAAAGAUCAAUUCAUUUUAGCUCAGUGCAAACAUUUAGAGGGUGGCUUAGAUAAACUUAAGGAAGCCAGUGUGCAGCUAGCUGAGCUGAAUGUCAAGCUAGCAGAUCAGAAGAUAGUCCUCGCUGAAAAGUGCACAGCUUGUGAAACCCUUCUGGAAGAUAUUGCCACAAACACGAAAAUAGCUGAGGAGAAAAAGGCUCUUGGAGAAGAGAAAGCAAAAGAGAUUGAAGAACAGAACAAAGUUAUAGCUGUUGAGAAGACAGAAGCUGAGAGUGCCCUGACUGAAGCUCUGCCUGCAUUAGAGGCUGCAAGAAUUGCCCUGCAAGACCUGGAAAAAUCAGACGUCACAGAGAUUCGCUCUUUUGCUAAGCCACCCAAACCAGUACAGGUGGUCUGCGAGUGCAUCUUGGUGCUGCGUGGCUACAAUGAAAUCAGCUGGCAGUCAGCAAAGGGGAUGAUGUCAGAAGCUAACUUCCUGCGCUCCCUGAUGGAGAUGGACUGCGAUUCCAUAAGUCAUUCCCAGAUUAGGAAAGUCAAAGGGUUCCUAAGGGACCUGCAAACAACCCUAAAGGAGAUGCAAGCGAUCAGUAAGGCUGGUUCGGGAAUGUUUAAGUUUGUUGAAGCAGUCAUGGGUUAUUGUGAUGUUGCCAGCCAAAUAAAACCCAAGAGAGAGAAGGUAGCACGACUUGAGAAGGACUUCUUUCAGAGUAAGCGGGAAUUGGACUCAAUUCAGAAGGAGCUCAGCAAAAUAGAAAAGGAGUUACAUUCUCUUAAAGAGAAAUAUGAGGCUGCUGUUUUAGAGAAGCAGAUGCUACAGGAUGAGGCUGAUAUCAUGGAGCGAAGGCUUGAAGCUGCUGACAAACUCAUCUCUGGCCUGGGCUCUGAAAAUGAACGGUGGACAAAAGAUCUGGAUGAACUGAAGCAGCAGCGUGUGCGUCUCCUUGGUGACUGCCUGAUUUCUGCUGCUUUUUUGAGCUACGAGGGAGCCUUCAGCUGGGACUUCAGGAAUGAAAUGGUAUACCAACUAUGGAUUAAGGAUGUGCAUGAGAGAGGCAUCCCCUUAAGUCAGCCUUUCAAAGUGGAAAAUCUUCUUACUGAUGAAGUAGAAAUCAGCAGGUGGUGCUCAGAGGGUUUGCCCUCAGAUGAAUUAUCGGUGCAGAACGGAAUUCUCACAACUAGAGGAAGCCGAUUUCCCAUGUGUAUUGACCCUCAACAGCAAGCCCUAAACUGGAUUAAAAAGAAGGAAGAAAACAAUAACCUGAAGGUCUCAUCUUUCAAUGAUCCAGACUUCCUGAAACAACUUGAGAUGGCCAUUAAAUAUGGUUAUCCAUUCCUUUUUCAAGAUGUGGAUGAAUCCAUUGACCCUGUAAUUGAAAAUGUCCUGGAGAAGAAUGUAAAAGGAGCAGAGGGCAGGCAGGUCAUCAUGUUGGGUGACAAGGAGGUGGACUAUGAUCCCAACUUUAAACUUUACCUCAACACAAAAUUGUCUAACCCCAAAUAUUCUCCAUCGGUGUUCGGAAAAGCGAUGGUCAUUAACUAUACUGUGACCCUUAAGGGGCUGGAAGACCAGCUUCUCAGUGUUAUAAUGGGCUUUGAGAAGAAGGAGUUGGAAGAACAGCGUGAGGGCUUAAUCCAAGAGACAAGUGACAAUAAAAAGUUGCUUAAAAAUCUCGGGGACUCCUUGCUCAGGGAGAUGGCCACAUCUAAAGGCAAUAUGUUGGAUAACACAGAGCUUGUUCACACACUGGAGGAAACAAAGUCAAAAGCCAGUGAGGUAUUUGAGAAACUUAAGUUGGCUCAGAAGAUGUCCAUGGACAUCGAUAAACUCAGAGAUGGCUACCGACCUGCGGCCAAGCGCGGCGCUAUUCUGUUCUUUGUACUGACAGACAUGGCUCUGGUUAGCAGCAUGUACCAGUACUCAUUGGCCUCAUACCUGGAAGUGUUCAACUUUUCACUGCAAAAGUCUCUGCCUAACUCAGACCUUCACCGAAGACUCGAGAACAUCAUAAACACUCUAACAUACAGUGUUUAUAACUAUGGUUGCACAGGGCUGUUUGAGAGACACAAGUUGCUCUUCUCCUUUAACAUGACCAUAAAGAUUGAGCAAGCAGAGGGGAGAGUGCCUCAGGACGAGUUAGAGUUCUUUAUUAAGGGUAAUCUCUCUCUGGAAAAGAGCCAACGCAGAAAGCCUUGUGACUGGCUUCCCGACCAGAGUUGGGAGGAUUUAAUGAAACUUUCCGAGCUCUUUCCUGAUACAUUUGGUUCUCUUCCUGACGACAUUGAAAAACAUUCAAGUGACUGGAAAGUGUGGAGUGACUUGGACACACCAGAACAGGUUCCAUUCCCCCUGAAUUAUGAGGAGAACCUAUCAGCCUUUCAGAAGCUGCUGUUGCUGCGCUGUUUUCGUGUUGAUAGAGUCUUCAGAGCUGUCACAGACUAUGUCACUGUGACCAUGGGCAAGAAAUAUGUACAGCCCCCAGUGAUCAGCUUUGCUGCAAUUCAUGAACAAAGCACACCUUUCUCACCAAUCGUCUUCAUUCUGAGCCCCGGCUCAGACCCAGCCAGUGACCUCCAGAAACUUGCCGAUCUGUCAGGCUUUGGAGGCAGCAAGUUCAAGUUCCUUGCAAUGGGCCAAGGCCAAGAGAAGGUGGCUCUAGAGUUGUUGGAUAAGGCGGUAUCUCGUGGCCAGUGGUUGAUGCUGCAGAACUGCCACCUGCUGGUGAAGUGGCUAAAGGAGUUAGAAAAGUCCUUGGAGAGAAUCACCAAACCUAACCCGAGAUUCCGAUUGUGGAUAACUACGAACCCAAUUAAAGAUUUCCCCAUUGGUAUUCUGCAAAAGUCCAUGAAGGUGGUGACAGAGCCUCCAAAUGGCUUAAAGCUCAACAUGAGAGCCACAUACUCUAAAAUCUCACAUGAGAUGCUGACCUCAUGCCCUCACCCUGUAUUCAGCAGCCUGGUUUAUGUGCUGGCCUUUUUCCACGCCGUGGUGCAAGAGAGGCGCAAGUAUGGAAAGUUCGGCUGGAACGUCCCCUACGACUUUAACGAGUCCGACUUUUUUGUGUGUGUUGAGAUCCUGAACACCUACCUGACAAAGGCUUACAACCAAGGAGACAGGAAUAUCCCCUGGGAGAGUCUCAAAUACUUAAUUGGAGAGGUGAUGUACGGUGGACGAGCAAUCGACAGCUUUGACCGGAGGAUCCUGUCUGUCUACAUGGAAGAGUACCUUGGAGACUUUCUCUUCCAUACCUUCCGGCAGUUCCACUUCUUCCUCAGUGAAGACGUAGAUUACAAAAUUCCUCCAAUGGGUCCAAAGAUUGUAUAUGUUGAUGAAAUUGAGAGCAUGCCUCUAGCAAACACACCAGAGGUACUUGGACUUCAUGCCAAUGCAGAAAUAGGGUACUACACCCAAGAGACUAAAGAGAUGUGGUCUCACCUAAUAGACCUUCAGCCACAAACAGGUGAAUCUGGUGGAAGUAUCAGCAGGGACGAACACAUCAGCCAGGUGGCACAAGACAUUCAGAACAAGCUGCCGGAGUUAUUUGACAUGGACGUGAUCCGUAAGACGUUUGGCACAGAGAUCUCACCGACUUCUGUGGUGCUACUUCAAGAACUAGAGCGUUUCAACAACCUGGUGGUCCGCAUGCAGCUGUCUUUGGCUGAGCUGCAGAAGGCCUUGUCUGGGGAGGUGGGGAUGAGCAAUGAGCUGGAUGAAGUGGCUCAGGCCCUUUUUAAUGGGCAUAUUCCUGGCAUUUGGAAGAGGUUGGCACCUAACACCCUGAAGUCCCUCAGCAACUGGAUGAGCCAUUUCAAAAGGCGUUAUGAACAGUAUAGUCAUUGGGUGAAUGAGGGAGAACCGAAGGUUAUGUGGCUGUCAGGGCUGCACGUUCCAGAGUCCUACCUCACUGCUGUUGUUCAAGCUGCAUGUAGGAAAAACGGCUGGCCUCUGGAUCUUUCUACUCUCUACACUGAAGUGACUCAGUAUCGCAGUGAGGAUGAAGUCAGCCACAAACCCAGACAAGGCUGCCUUGUGUCCGGUCUGUAUCUGGAGGGAGCAGAAUGGGACAUCGAGAAGGGCUGUCUAAUCAAGAGUAACCCUAAAACCUUGGUUGUUGAACUGCCUAUCCUCAGAGUCAUCCCCAUUGAGGUGCACCGUCUUAGGUUGCAGGAUACAAUAAGGACACCAGUCUAUACAACUUCCUUGCGGAGAAAUGCAAUGGGUGUGGGGCUGGUGUUUGAGGCAGACCUGUUUACCACUAAGCACAUCUCCCACUGGGUACUGCAGGGGGCUCAGCUCAGCUGUGUGCGCGCACAGAGGGAAGGAGGCAGGCAGAGCGCACGCACAGGGGGGGACAGCACACUUAACAGUGUUCAAGGUUCACUUUCAAAAGGAGACCAACGAGAAGUGCUGCAGGUCCGCGGCUCACUGAGGACUCCAGUGUUCUCCAGACUCACAGAGGGCAGCUGGAAUCAUCUGUAA